CCCCUCCACACCGGUUCAAUACUAGGUACAUACCUCUAUUUAUCUACCCCUCGACGCCUCGUGCGUCUCCCCCGGUUUUCUGAUCCUAAUGUCUUCAUCCCAACAUCUGGUAUACAGUUCUAACAACAGACCUGCAAAAUAACCGUCAAGUCACGCCUGCAAUGCCUUCUGUCAACUUCGCUGGCCUGGCUGGCCUGGGAACGGUCCUGCUCCUGCUAGCGGCCGUCGCCCGCGUCACCUACAACCUGUACCUCCACCCCUUGGCCUCGUUCCCGGGCCCGCUGCUCCACCGCGCAACGCGGCUGGCGUUCCUGUGCCGCAUCUGCCGCGGCACGAUGUCGUUCGACGUGCUGGCCUUCCACGAGCGCUACGGGCCCGUGGUGCGCAUCGCGCCCGACGAGCUCGCGUUCGCGGACGCGCGCGCGUGGAGGGACGUCUACGGCCACCGCACCGGGUCGGCGGCGGGGUCCGAAGAGAUGCGCAAGCUGGGCACGUUCUAUCGCGUCAGGGGGGUCCCGCCGGGGAUCGUGGCAGAGGACCGCGAGAAUCAUGCCAUGCUGAGGCGGUUGAUGGCGCAUGGGUUUAGCGAUCGGAGUAUGCGCGGGCAGGAGCCGAUCAUUGGGGGGUACGUUGAUUUGCUGGUGAGGAGGAUCGGGGAGCGGGCGGUGGAUGCGGAUCGGAAGGAUGAGGGCACGGGGUUGCUGUGUAGGAGGAGGUUGGAUAUGACGGCGUGGUAUAACUGGACCACGUUCGAUAUCAUCGGUGAUUUGGCGUUCGGGGAGCCGUUUGGGAGCCUCGACCGCGCUGAGGCGCACCCGUGGGUGGCGGCGCUGCAGGGGACGGUCAGGACGGCGGUUGUGAUCAUUGUGCUCAACUACCUGGGGAUGGGGUGGCUCAUGCCGCUGUUGAUGAAAUAUGUGCUGAGUAGCAGGAGGAACCACGUCGAUAGGACCGAUGAGAAGCUGAAGCGGAGGAUGGAGAUGGAUGUUGAGAGGCCGGACCUGAUUGAGGGUCUGUUGAGAAAGAAGGAUGAGUGGCACCUAAGCCUAGAGCGGAUCCGGGCCAAUGCCAGUAAUCUGAUCAUCGCUGGUUCUGAAACCACGGCCACUCUCCUCGCCGGAAUAACCUACCUCCUGCUGGCGAAUCCCGAUUGCCUGAAGAGAGUCACCGAAGAGGUCCGCUCGACGUUCAAGUCGGACGACGAGAUCACGCUCAGCUCGGUCAGCGAUCUGGAAUACAUGCUCGCCUGCCUCAACGAGGGCCUCCGCUGCUAUCCACCCGCGCCGCUCGGCCUACCCCGAGUGGUUCCCCGGGGGGGUGCGACCAUUUCCGGCGUGGUCGUGCCGGAAGGUACUACUGUUGCGGUGUGGCAUUGGGCGACCUACCACAUGGCCGCGAACUGGACCGAGCCGUUUGCGUUCAGGCCGGAGCGGUUCCUGGGGGAUUCCAAGUAUGCGGGCGAUAGUUUGGAUGCGCUGCAGCCCUUCUCGGUUGGGCCAAGAAACUGCAUUGGGAAGAAUCUCGCAUAUGCCGAGAUGCGGCUAAUCUUGGCAAAGCUUCUCUACAACUUUGACAUGGAGUUAGCUGACAAGGACGUCAACUGGAUGGACCAGAAGGCUUAUUUCCUCUGGGACAAGCCGCCAUUGGGUGUCUAUUUCACGCCGAGGAAGGUGUAGGUGGCGAUUUUGUGCCUCAUCUUUUGCCGGUCUGGUGCUGGGCAAAGUGUGUGCCUAUUUCGCGUGAUAUGGCAGUCAGAAGGAGUAGGUACCUAUCUAGUUACCUACUUGAGUUACCUGGACAAUCUCUCGCGAUGUGUUUUUGGGUUACUGAAAAUGGCCUGCUU